UGAACCACUGAGGAAUAUAGAAAGAGAUACCCCCUAUCAAAGGUAGCUUUGAUGUCUAAGAGAUCAAAGGUAGCUAAGCAAAGAUGAAAUAACUAUUCACUCCAUGAAAAACAAAAACUUGUAUAGGAGAGAUGUAAUUACAGCUCACUACUUGGGACAUCAAAGAACAAUAUUUCUAUCAUCAUAGAAAUGCAAACUCUGAAGUUGGACUGAACCCUAAAUGGUGACACAACUAUCUGGGAGGGUGCGGAGGAGGGAUGAGGAUAUGGAUGUAGCGUCAUCAAUUCUGUUGCCUUACGGUAACAGUAGGUCCGUGGAUAGAGCCCAUGCGGGGUAUCUCGUAGCAGGAUUCGCUUGAGGCAGAGAGACCCUAACUGAUUUGAAGUUCUCCAAAGGCAAUUACCCCCAGUUUCUGCAUGCCCCAUCAUUUAUCAUUAGCUGCUGUGUUUCAAUUAAGGAGUCUCGUUAGCCUGCUGGUUUGUAUCCAUCGUGGGGCCCUAGGAACAGUUCUGGCAGCUUGAAAGGCAGACUCGAUUUUAAACAAAGUCUCCCACAGCUCUUCUCUUUUGAGGGAGUUUUGGUUUUUGUUAGUGCCGGAUGUCAGAGUGAAUAACAUCCAAUUUCAAUCCAAAGGCAGACUCGGCUCUCUGGGUUUGAAAGACAUAUGCCACGUGUAGGCAGAGGAGCUCUGAAAAGACGCGGGCUGCAAUUCGAUUUUCAGAGAGAACAUUUGCCUUUAUCUACCUUGCUUUCUGGGCAGACACCAUUUUACUUUCCGGCUGGGGGCGAUGCAGAGUGAGUCUGAGAGCCUUCUGCAGAGGUCAGGGGGCUGACGCCUGUCAAGGGGAAACGUGAAACAGUCCAUUCCCCCUUCCGUUCUUCUCCAGCUUGUAACUAUACUUGGAUCAUAUGUACACUUGCUUAUGCAUCCAUUUCCUCAGGUCCCCAUCUCUUUCCAGUCAUGUGAAUUGCAUAUCAGGGCAUGGGGAAGAGCUAUCUAAAAAUAAACCAUCAAGGACCUACUCUUCACCCGGCGCUAGAACAUUCUUUUCCUCGGUGAGGUCUGGUCAAGCUCUGCCUCUCACUGCCAUGUCCUCUUGCUUAUUUCUCUUAAAAAUAAUAGCAAAAAUUAAUAUGUAUGGGGCACUUACUUCCCUACUAUGUGUCAGGUUCUGUAAUAAGUGGUUUAUAUCCAUCAUCUCAUCUAAUUUUUAUGGCUAUCCACUAAGGAGGAUUCUUACAGAUGAAGGAUUCAAAGAUCAGAAACGCUAAGUAAUUUGCUCACCUGGUUUUUCAGCCUCCAAAGCCGAGCUCUUAGCCUCCAGGACAUAUCGCUUUCCAAUUCUGCCUCUAGUCACCGAAGUGUAGACUUGUGCACUCUUUUGAUUCUCCUCACCUUUGCCCUAGGAGAAUUCAAGACGUGAAGUCAAACAGCCAGGGCUACUUGAAGAGUGAGGGAGAUGGGCCUCUGUUCUUUGUUUCCACCAGCAGGUGGCAUAGUCACCCCAGUAGAACUUCCCACGGAGCCAUUUGAAUGUCUUCCUUCCAUUUCUGAGGAGACACCUUCAGCCCAACUGGACCGUCAAACCAUUCCUUUCUUUCCGGUUGGGUUUGCCUUAUCUUGUUCAGUGAAGACAAUCGACGAGGACAAAUGGUGUGGAGUUAUAGAGGUCCUUACUUCUUCAGAUCAUACCUACCAUGUUAACUACCAUAAUUUGGAGAUAAUUUAAAAUCCUAGACACCCAGUGUUCUUCAAACCACAUUGUUCAGAGCACCACUUAAUGAGGAAAUCCAACUGUAAAACAAAGUCAACCUUCCUUUACACAGCUUCAAGGUCACGGUCAUGGCCAGCCCUACGACCCUCCAGUGAUUUUAGAGAACUGUAACUUCUGCAGCCGCCAUGCAGGGUUGAAUUCAAAUCCUGGCUCUACCUCUAUCAUCUUGAGCUCUUGACCUCUCUGUGCCUGGAUUGCCUCCGCUGUCAAGGUUAUAGUACCUUCUCCAGCGGGUUGUGGCAAUAACUACCUGAGGCUAAUACAAUAAAAGCAUCUGAGAAGGCCCUGGCACGUGGUAAUACUCAAUAAGUGUUAGCUCUUAUUAAGCACCGCUCUGCCAAAUUCCAAGGACUCCCACCAUGAUAGAAAAGGAUCUUUUGGUAAGUAGAGUUUGGUUAGCUCUUUUGAGGUGUUUACAUACUUUGCUGGACUUGCUUCCAUUUCCUCCGUAUAGUAGCCAGUUUCUAUUUCAAAAGAUGAUAAUGUUCUUAUAAAGUCAUUUGGAAAUUGUCCAAGAGAGGCAUAUUUAAACAAAAUUUGCCUUAUGCAGAGGUGGUCAGAACAGGGUCACUUGCCUUGAAUCAUACUGGCCUUCCUCUCAACCUACGCCAACCACCCAGGGAUGCCCACGUUCGUCUCAUCUCUCUGGGAUGCUUUCCCUCCAAGCAAGUUCUGGCAAGAAAUGGUGCUGCCCAUUGAGACUUUUCCUGGGAGGGUCAGUCACUGUGCCCAGGCACUGUGCUGGAUGGAGCUGGCAUUACGGGGCCUGAAGAGGGAACUCGUGCUGCCUCUGCCCAAUGCCAGACUCCAAGCAGGCACAGCCCAUCAGGCUCCAAGGUUAAUUCCCAAAUGCCGGUCAGUGUUUGACUUUCCAUAUAAGAUUAGAUUAAACAUUUGGGUUCAUAAAAGCCUAGGAUUGCCGGCUGCAUCUAGCAAGGGCUUAAUUGGCUGCGAGUUGAGAGUGCCCAGCCCACUGAGAUUUAUGCACAAUCCUAAGAGCUCGACAAGACCAACAAGAAGGUUCAGAUCAGCCUAGCUUUUAGCAAGGAAUUUCCCACUGCCCACACACUGCCUCGCAGAAGGGCAAGAUGCCCACUUUAUCCAAUUUGACACAGACCCUGGAAGAUGUCUUCAAAAAGAUUUUUAUUACCUAUAUGAACAAUUGGCGCAGGAACACGACAGCUGAGCAAGAGGCCCUGCAAGCUAAAGUGGACGCUGAGAAUUUCUACUAUGUCAUCUUGUACCUUAUGGUGAUGAUUGGAAUGUUCUCUUUCAUCAUUGUAGCCAUCCUGGUGAGCACGGUGAAAUCCAAGCGACGAGAACACUCCAACGACCCCUACCACCAGUACAUCGUAGAGGACUGGCAAGAGAAAUACAGGAGUCAAAUUUUGAAUCUAGAGGAACCAAAGGCCACCAUCCACAAGAACAUUAGUGCAACCGAGUUCCAGAUGUCGCCUUGAUAAGCAAGAGAGCCAUAAAGCCAACCUGUGACAUCCAGGCACGAAGGGAUGCCCGUGCCAUGGAGCAAAUUCAAAUUGUCAUUGCUCAGAAGACAUUAAGUUCCUUGGUCUUUGUUGAGAAUUUCCAUGGAGAUCAUGUGGUUGGUCAAUUAAGACAGAUGACAUUUCAAUCUCAGUGAUUCGUGCUUCUCGGCAGAGCAAAAUAUUUGAUGCCGAAGACCUCUUUUACUUUCUGUACAAUGUAAACGUCAUUUUAAUCAAUGUCAACAGUGAAAAUAAAGCCAAAUUUGAAGUAAAGUGCCUGGGCAGUGGCAGUGAGGGUAGAAAGGAGAGAUUAACAAAUCACUGGACGUUCUUUCUCAUGAAACGUUAUUUUGUCUGUGACUAAUUCAAUUUAUAAAUAACCCAGAUGUAUUACCCAGAAGCUGAGGUUCAAAAAUCUAUCACUUGCUACUGGAUUGACACAGGAGCAUUUCUUUAUUAAUUCAUGAAUGUAUAUUUUGAAAUGAUGAAUGAACAGAAUCAUGGGGUUACUUUAUGUGUAUUGUUUUCCUGGCAUUUAGUUUAUCUGGAAGUCCGAAGAUAGGACAAACAUUUCACAAGGGAAAAUAGUCCACACCAGAGAUGCAGAAUCUUUAAGAACUACCCAGUGCAACAGAAACAUAUUUUUAAACGAAUACUUAAAGUUUUAGAGAAAAUUAACUUUUAAAAGUUCUCAUUAUUUUAGAAAAAAUAUGAAGUUGUAACAUUACUUUAUAAACAACCUAUUCUUUUCACUCAAUUUAUUUUCUAUUUACAAUUACUUAUUUCCACUUAUGUUUUGAGAGACGAAAGGUAUAGAAAGUGUCUAAAUUGCUGAUGUCUGUUGAAAAGCUAGACAGUAUCUUCUUAAUAUUUUGCACCUUGGGGUUCACGAUAUCAUAGGAUGUCAGGGGGGCACCUCAUAUUCUCAUCAUAUCAUUUCAUUUAUAAAUGAGGAAUCAGCAGUCCACAGAUUAGGUGCCUUCAUUCAUUAAUUCGAUAAGCAACAUUUAACAUUUGUCUACUUGGGUCACUGGCCUAGACCCCAGAAAUCUAGAGAUGAACGAGACUCCCUGAGCUGGAGGAACACACUGAGUAGAGAGGGAGUCCUAUACAUAAACACCAUGAUGACAUAACGUGACAAGGUUAUGAGAGAGAUCAACACAAAGUGGGCAGAACUAUUGCAGGGAAACGAGGGGAGGCCUAAGGUGGGUCAUGGUCUACUCAGCAGCUGAGAGUAGGAAGUCAAUGCAAGACAGGGGUAUGUGGCUAUAGCUUCGUGCCUCCUAGCUGACCCUUUUCUCUUCCCCCAUGUCCUCAUCUGCUCAGACAAGGCAGAGCAACCGUGAGCAGGGCCUCAAGUCUUAGGGCACUAAGACAAAAUUCAAAAUUGGAGCCCUUCUUCAAGGCAUGCUUGUAGGACAUCUUACAUCGACUACAGGCUUUAUCUGUUGAGAGUUGAGAGAUUUACAGUAUCUGUUUCCUAAAAACAAACGUGCAAUUAUACUAACACAAGCCUUAAAUACAGCGUUAGGGAAAGUCAUUCAUAUUCCAAGAGCAGAUAUGGCAAGAGUGGCUUCCUUAGAUCAGAAACCCAGAAAUGCGGUUCCACAGGGAAAAUUCAUCCCAGUGCGCCCCGAGCAGCAAUCCAGGCUAAAAAAUCCAGGCCUUGGGUUGGAUCCCAGACAGGGAUCCGAGGUUUCCACCAGCUGACAAAGACUGUCUUCUUGACCAAACUUAGUCACGCUCCUCUGAGCACUCUUCUCCACUAGGCCUCAACCUUGGCCUAUAAAAACUGCAG